AUGUAUUCCCCUACUUUAUUCUCCGAUAGUCUUUAUAAACUAUGGAGACGUGAUGACGAUGGAAUGGAUUCAUCUGAUUUUCAUAAAAGAAGUUUAACUAUGCAUAACGCCAACAGUAAUAAUACAAAUGCUAAUGGUGCAACUACUUCUAAUAACAACAAUAAUAAUGCAACACAAGAGCAAUUGGAAGAUCAAAGAAGACACAUUCGACUGUUAUUUGCACCACCAUUACUGGCAUAUUCAGCGGAAUAUCCUGGGGCUAGUUUAUCACAGUUGGAGUAUACCAUAAGUAAUCGAAGUGGGAACAAGCAGGAUCUACCUUUAUUAACGCCCUUAAUCCAAAGAAAACUAGAUAGAUUACAACAGAUACGAAAUAUAGGAUAUACUAGCAUAAUACCUGCAGGUGUUGGAAAGACAAUGGAGCAGAUUGACUUUGAAGAAGCUAGGCACCAUAAUAUGAGCGAACAGCAAGAAGAAUCAUUCAUUCCAACAGCUGAGAAUGGCGAUGUACCAGACAGCUCUAUUAAUGGAAUACAUAAUCAAAGCAUUAAUGAAGAAGAAGAACCAGAAAUAGAUUUAGAUGCAAAUAUUCCAAAUGCAGAUGAUGUUACAAAUGAUGACGACGACUUUGAUGACGACGACUUUGGUGAAGUGCAAGAGGAACAGGAUGAGAUUGAUUUAGAUGACCAUGGGUUAGAUGAAGAUGAAGGAUUUAUGGCGGAAGAAGUUGAGUACCAAGAUGACCAUAGUAUAGUAACAGACCACAUACCUAAUAUGAUGAUAAAUACUGGAACGACAGCCACAACAGUCAAUACCAACUUAAAUUCUGGUAGAAGUAUAGCAACAAAUCCUACCAGUAUAAAUAGUACAAGUCCAAUAAGCAUAGCAAAUCCUAAUUCAAGCAAUCUAUAUUCUACAGGUCAAGGAUAUAGAAAUGAAAAUGAUGAAAAUAAUCAGAAUGAUCAGUCUGAUUUAGAUAUGAUAAUUGAUGAACAGUAA